CCCUCUCUGAAUCAAACGAAUGAAUGAAAAGAAAGUAUCUGAAGAAGGAACGGGAGGCGGCAGACACUCAGCCCAGUAGAAUCCAGCAAGACAAUCAUAGCCAUUGAAUCACAUCAUCAUCAUCAACAACAUCAACAUCAUCAUCUUCAUCACCAGGGAGUGGUGCUGCGAGAGAUAUGCCACCCGAGCAGACAGCCGAACAGACUGUGUCGGAAGGAGGCUACCAGAAGGACAGCGAUAUACCGAUGUACCUGAAGAACCGCAACUUUGUCAUCUUCAUGCUCUUCCUGGGCAUGGCCAACGCGUAUGUGAUGCGCACCAACAUGUCCGUGGCGAUUGUGGCAAUGGUCAAUCAUUCGGCCAUUGGGAGCGACCAUCAACACAGCCAGGGCGGAGAGUUUGGGUGGAGCUACAAGACGCAGGGCUACAUCCUGUCCAGCUUCUUCUACGGCUACGUCCUCACCCAGAUACCCUUUGGCUUUCUCAUCAAGUACUACGGCGCCAAGCAGUUUCUCGGCUGGGGCAUGAUGCUCAAUUCGGUGGCAGCCUUCGUGGUGCCUGUCUCGGCCCGCGAAGGUGGCCCCGUGCCCCUCGGCAUUGUGCGCUUCAUCCAGGGCCUGGGCGAGGGACCCAUUGUGCCGUGCACCCACUCCCUGCUGGCCCUCUGGAUACCGCCCGACGAGCGCUCACGGGCAGGCGCCGCCGUCUAUGCGGGCGCCCAGUUUGGGACCAUCGUCUCGAUGCCGCUGAGCGGUCUGCUGGCCGAGUAUGGCUUCGACGGCGGCUGGCCCUCGAUCUUCUACGUCUUUGGCAUCCUCAGCACCGUCUGGUGUGUGCUCUUCCUCUGGCUGGUGCACGAGAGUCCCAAGUCGUGCAAGCGGAUCAGCCAGACGGAGCGCAAGUACAUCGAUGACAGCAUCUGGGAGGCCCAGCCAGAGGACACUGGUCGCACCCCGUUCCUGGCCUUCGCCAGGUCGCGCUUCUUCUGGGCCAUCAUGGUGGCCCAUGCCGGCCAGAACUAUGGCUACGAGACGCUGAUGACCAUGCUCCCGACCUACAUGGACCGCAUCCUCGGCGUGGACCUCAAGUCGAAUGGUGUGCUCUCAUCGCUGCCCUACCUGGCCAUGUGGGUGAUGGCCAUCGUGUUUGCCAUUGUGGCCGAUCGACUCAUACGCCGCCGCCUCUCCAUUACGACCACGCGGAAGAUCAUGAACAGCCUUGGGCAGUACGGACCGGCAGUGGCCCUCAUUGUGGUGGGUUACCUACAGCACAGCCUCAUCCUCACCAUCGCCGUUUUCGUGCUGGGCCUCGGGCUCAAUGGGGCCAUUUACUCGGGCUUCAAGAUCAACCAUUUGGAUCUAUCGCCCCGCUUCGCCGGCCUCCUCAUCUCCAUCACGAACUGUGCCGCAAAUUUGAUUGGCCUCACCGCUCCCAUGGUCGCCGGCCACGUGAUCCACCUGGGCCCCAGCAUCGAGAACUGGCGCAUUGUCUUCCACAUUGCCGGCGGUGUUUACAUCUUCAGUGCCACCUUCUAUAAUCUCUGCGCCAGUGGCAAGCCGCAGUGGUAAAGCACGAC